AUCAUAUAAAAAGAGAAGCGGCUUGGUUUGCGGUGGCAAGGGAAACAGGAGCGGAUGAUUUUUUUAUUGCAUGAGAUUUGUAUGUGUGCGUGUGUGUACUUGAUGAACUACACUUAGACAGAAAAGAAUAAUGACUAGUGAGGACAUUUUGUGACGAGUUCUGUGAAAACCUUGGCGCGUGAUGUCAUAUCCUGGUCCCGCUCCAGUUCGCAGCACCGUUCGAACUUCGAACGAAUUUCGCAUGCUUUCGAAGCUGAGACUAAUGUGACCGCGGCUUUAGACAAUCAGUCUCUACGCAGCAAAAUGGCAAACGCUAGUACUUCAUGGUCUUGGGAGGAAUUUAACUGUCCAAUCUGUCUGGAUCUACUGAAGAAUCCAGUGGCUCUUACCUGUGGACACAGUUACUGUAUGAGCUGUAUUACAGACUGCUGGGAUCAGGAUGAUCAGAAGGGAGUCUGCAGCUGCCCUCAGUGCAGACAGAUCUUCACUCCAAGACCUGUUUUAGGUAAAAACACCAUGCUGGCUGAAGUGCUGGAAAAACUCAAGAAGAUAAAACUCCAAGCUGCUCGUCCUGCUCAAUGUUCCACUGGAUCUGGAGAUGUGGAGUGUGACAUCUGUACUGGGGACAAAAACAAAGCCGUCAAGUCCUGUCUGGUGUGUCUGGAAUCUUACUGUCAAAAGCAUCUUGAACGUCAUGAAGAAUUUCACUCUGGAAAGCGACACAAAAUGACUGAUGCCACUGGACAACUGAGGGACAUGAUCUGCCCACUACAUGAUAAACUGCUGGAGAUUUUCUGUCGAACUGAUCAGCAGUGUAUAUGUUAUCUCUGUAUGUUGGAUGAACACAAAAACCAUGAAACUGUAUCAGCUACAGCAGAGAGAACUGAGAAACAGAGACAAUUGGGUGAAAUGCAGAGAAAAUAUCAGGAGAGAAUCCAGAAAAGAGAGAAGGAACUUGAGGAGCUGAAAGAGGCUGUAGAGUCUUACAAGCACUCUGCACAGGCAGCAGUGGAGGACAGUGAGAGGAUCUUUACUGAGCUGAUCCGCUCCAUUAAGAGAAGCCGCUCUGAGGUGACACAGCUGAUCAGAGAUCAGGAAAAUGCUGCAGUGAGGCGAGCUGAAGGACAACUGGAGCAACUGGAGCAGGAGAUUGAAGAUCUGAGGAGGAGAGACGCUGAGCUGGAGCAGCUUUCACACACAGACAAUCACAUCUGUUUCUUCCAGAGUUUCCAGUCUCUCUCAGUUCCUCCUGGAUCUACAGACUCGCCCAGCAUAACUGUCAGUUCUCGUCUCUCUUUUGAUGAUGUUGGUAAAUCUGUGUCUCAUCUGAGAGAUAAACUGGAGAAUUUCUGCAGAGAGGAGAUAGAAAAGAUAUCUUGUAGAGUAACAUACAUUGUGGUCAUUCCCACCUCUGAACCCAAAACCAGGGAGGACUUCCUUCAAUAUUCUCAUCAACUCACUCUGGAUUUAAACACAGUGAAUAAGAAUCUCUGUCUUUCUGAAGAGAACAGAGUGAUUGAAUACACUCGUGAAGAACAGCCGUAUCCAGAUCAUCCAGACAGAUUUGAUGGUUUUCCUCAGGUGUUGUGUAGAGAGAGUGUGUGUGGACGCUGUUACUGGGAGGUUGAGUGGAGUGGUUCGGUGUAUAUAACAGUGUCAUAUAAGAGAAUCAGCAGGAAGGGACGGGGAAAGGAGUGUGAGUUUGGUUGUAAUGAUCAGUCCUGGAGUUUGUACUGCUCUGACUCCAGCUGCUCAUUCUGGCACAACAACGGUAAGAUGGCACUCCCUGUAGUCUCCAGCUCCUCUAGAAUAGGAGUGUAUGUGGAUCACAGUGCAGGAACUCUGUCCUUCUACAGCGUCUCUGACACAAUGACCCUCAUUCACAGAGUCCAGACCACAUUCACUCAGCCUCUCUAUGCUGGGUUUGAGUUCAGGUCAUUAUGCAAAAAUGUAACAAAACUUAAACUAUGUAAGUUUUAAAAAAGAUACAACCUCAUUCUACAAAUAAAAUAGCAUAUUAACAGUUUAAGCUUCAUGAUAAAUCAGCAACUUGGAAAGUCUUUUACUUUCUAAUAAAUAAAUCAACACUAAUCCUCUCAUUAAAAAACUUGGCAGCUUUCUGAAAAAUAUCUUCUGAUAUGAUCUAACAAUGACUAGUGAGUAUAAAAAAAGAAAUGAAUAUUAAACUUUGAGUUUAAUUUGAGUUUAAAUUGACUUUAACAGUAUAGUAUAAUAUCAGGCUACACUGUGUAUGUUCAAGUCUUCAGAGGCUGAUGAAAUUUCACAUUCAACAACCCACUGUGUACAUUGUUAUAAAAUGGGUUUUAUAAAAUCACUUGGACUAAGUUGAAGUGAAUAAUACCCAGAUGUAUCGCCCUGCAAGUUUCUAGGAUUCACACAUGUAUAUUCUUAUACUAUAUGUGUUCUAUUUCAGUAAAAUGUAUGUUUAUUUGAUCUAGAGUCUAGACAAUUUUUGCAACAGAUAUCUAAAUUGUAAUAGUUAAGCAAGCCAGAGCUUAUUUGUCUACUUUGUUGAUCAGUAUUAAACAAAAUAUAUUGUGCUUGAUUAGAUUUAAUUAGGAGUCAUAAAACCUCCCUGUAUUUUUGUGUAUUUUCACAUUGUGUGUGUGUUUCUGCUGAUGUAUUAUAUUUUACUACAAAAACUCUGUAACACUGGGUACAG